GUUCCCAGUCAGCGCCUGCCUGCGAGAGGGAGAGUAGUGCGCCGCUCCCAAUCAAUCAGCGCCUCGACGAGAAAGAACCUUGUAUAAACCUUACGUUUCUCAUAUUUCUGUGAUACUGAAAAAGAAGCGAACUACACAUGUCGCCCGUUAAUCGGAUGUUGAAGUAGGAAUUCUGUCACCAAUUGUACCUGCAUUCUACAGACUACAGAACAUGUUUUCCCAAUUUCGUUUCAAAUUCUUUUGGGAAAUGGAUCGCUGUUCCAUGUGUGGAAGAAAUUUCCAAAAAUUUCCUCCUCCCGAUUUUUUUCGCAUUGAAUGUAUACCCGAUGAUCAACUUGUGAUAUGUGAACAAUGCGAAAAUUUGAAACGGAUGCAGCGAAAGGAAAAACAAGAGAAGGAAGAAGAGAGACGACGGAGGGAGGAGCAGAUGAAGAAGGAAGAAAAGAGACGACGGAGGGAGGAGAAGUUGAAGAAGGAGAAAGAAGAGAGACGGCAGCAGGUGGAACAAAUGAGGAGAGAUGCGCAGUUGUGGAGAGAAGAGGAGUUGAAGGAAGAGAGACGGCAGCAGGUGGAACAAAUGAGGAGAGAUGCGCAGUUGUGGAGAGAAGAGGAGUUGAAGGAAGAGAGACGGCAGCAGGUGGAACAAAUGAGGAGAGAUGCGCAGUUGUGGAGAGAAGAGGAGUUAAAGGAGGAGGAAGAAAAGAGACGACGGAGGGAGGAGCAGAUGAAGAAGGAGAAAGAAGAGAGACGACGGAGGGAGGAGCAGUUGAAGAAGGAGAAAGAAGAGAGACGACGGAGGGAGGAGCAGUUGAGGAAGAAGGAAGAAGAGAAACGACGGGGGGAGGAGCAGUUGAAGAAGGAAGAAGAGAGACGACGGAGGGAGGAGCAGUUGAGGAAGGAAGAAGAGAGACGACGGAGGGAGGAGCAGUUGAAGAAGGAAGAAGAGAGACGACGGAGGGAGGAGCAGUUGAAGAAGGAAGAAGAGAGACGACGGAGGGAGGAGCAGUUGAAGAAGGAGGAAGAGAGACGACGGAGGGAGGAGCAGUUGAAGAAGGAAGAAGAGAGACGACGGAGGGAGGAGCAGUUGAGGAAGGAAGAAGAGAGACGACGGAGGGAGGAGCAGUUGAAGAAGGAAGAAGAGAGACGACGGAGGGAGGAGCAGUUGAAGAAGGAAGAAGAGAGACGACGGAGGGAGGAGCAGUUGAAGAAGGAAGAAGAGAGACGACGGAGGGAGGAGCAGUUGAAAAAGGAAGAAGAGAGACGACGGAGGGAGGAGCAGUUGAAGAAGGAAGAAGAGAGACGACGGAGGGAGGAGCAGUUGAAAAAGGAAGAAGAGAGACGACGGAGGGAGGAGCAGUUGAAGAAGGAAGAAGAGAGACGACGGAGGGAGGAGCAGUUGAAAAAUGAAGAAGAGAGACGACGGAGGGAGGAGCAGUUGAAGAAGGAAGAAGAGAGACGACGGAGGGAGGAGCAGUUGAGGAAGGAAGAAGAGAGACGACGGAGGGAGGAGCAGUUGAAGAAGGAAGAAGAGAGACGACGGAGGGAGGAGCAGUUGAAGAAGGAAGAAGAGAGACGACGGAGGGAGGAGCAGUUGAAGAAGGAAGAAGAGAGACGACGGAGGGAGGAGCAGUUGAAAAAGGAAGAAGAGAGACGACGGAGGGAGGAGCAGUUGAAGAAGGAAGAAGAGAGACGACGGAGGGAGGAGCAGUUGAAAAAGGAAGAAGAGAGACGACGGAGGGAGGAGCAGUUGAAGAAGGAAGAAGAGAGACGACGGAGGGAGGAGCAGUUGAAAAAUGAAGAAGAGAGACGACGGAGGGAGGAGCAGUUGAAGAAGGAAGAAGAGAGACGACGGAGGGAGGAGCAGUUGAAAAAGGAAGAAGAGAGACGACGGAGGGAGGAGCAGUUGAAGAAGGAAGAAGAGAGACGACGGAGGGAGGAGCAGUUGAAGAAGAAGGCAGAAGAGAAACGACGAAGGGAGGAACAGUUGAAGAGGAAAGAGGAGAAAGAAAAGAGACAUGAAGGAGAAGAGCUGAGAGCAAGGCUCGUGGAGACCUUCCAGACAGCCAAGUCACUCUCUCUUGCAGGCAGAGACUCAGUCAAAGUCAGUAAUAAUAAAAUGACGGAAGGAGAGAGAACUGUCAGAUAUUUUGACAGGUGUGAAGCCUUUGACAUGCCCAGUGACCAGGAACACCUCAAUGUCACUUCUGGCAUAGCCAUUGGUGCUUUAGAUUUCAGUCAUAUAACACCAGAACAGAUUAAGAAACUCAUCUUGACCCUUGACAACCUUUUGUUUGGGGAGCAGUCAUGUAAAGUCCCGAAAGAAGAGGAUUUAAUUCAUGCUCAGGUUAUUAUUCAAGAAUUGAUUAUAGUUUCCCUGGAUGUGUCUGACAGAGCCUCGCUUGAACGUGUUGUCCAGAGCGUUAACUUUACUGUAGAGACACUCGUCAUUACAGGCAGCAACUUCAGCGAGUCUCUGGAAUUGACAAAAGCUCUUUUUGAUACUUUUCGAUAUCUCAGAGCUUCCAGCACUCCCUAUGACCUAGCAACUACAGCUAUUGUUAACAAAUGGAGAAAGAAAGAACUCUCAGUUGAAGAAAACUUUCUUCUUAAAUUCCAUGAAAUACUUUUAAACACAAUGGAAGACAAUGACGAGGUGACAAAUAUCUUGAAAGUGCAGAAAACCUGUUUUGAGUUGCUUGUCGCCACAGUUAUUCAAACUAGCUUUGAUGGUCUUCAAUCUGAGCUUUUUAAGGACCUAAUUGGACUUGUCCAGAGAAACUAUUGGACCCCAAUUGAAGCAGUAAAUCUUCUCAAAAUCCUUACAGAAAAAUUUGAAGAUAUCAUUUCUGCCGUGAAAGUUAUAAACUUGCUGUAUACUAAUAACAUUUCACCUGAGUCACAGAACAAGAACUAUUUUCUAAAACGAUUUUUAAACCUAAUUGACUCAAAAGAUGAUUAUCAGAAUAUCGAAAAUUAUUUUAGAAAAGAAUAUGUAAGAUUAGACAUCAUUCUUGCAAACAUUAAAGAAAAUAAACAACUUCAGGAAACUACUAUUGAACAAAUUCACACGAUUGUUCACACUGUGCAGACUAAACUGAAACUACAACAAAAUGAAAAACACAAAAUUUGUCAAAUACAAUUAUUUACACCGUCAGGUCAUCUAACAGACAACCUCCAGCAGGUCUUGUUGGCUCUCUGUCAGGCCGUUUUUAAGUCUCUAAAUGAGUGGCCAACAGUCGAACAGAUGAUCAGGUGGUGUAUAAAUGUUCUGUGUGAGAAUGGAAAGGUUAUCAUUUCAAAAGAUGAUUCUUGUGUGGUGGCCAUGUUUGCUGCCUUGAAGGUACUGAGAGGAGAGUGGGUGGAUAUUGUCUGGAGCUCCAGUGCCCUGUGCCACGAGGAACUUGAACAGUGGUCCAAUUUUUUUAAUAAUAUUGACAUCGCAUUUGACACAGCCUCUAACAAACCUCAACAAGAAGCUCUUCAUUCUAAUAUUAUCAAUGUGACUGAAGACUUCAUUACUUCCAUCUAUCUGCAGGCUAAGUUUGAACAAAAGAAGGAAAAUCAAGUAUGUCUGGUACAGAAUAUCAUUCUUCAAGAAGAUCCUUCGUAUUUAAAACAUUGCUCACAAGUAACAAACACAUUCGAUGACAAUGCUCUAACUACAAAAGUGUCUUCCCUUUUGCAAACAUUAAUGGCGACAACUAUAGACUCAAAAUCCUUUGUAAAUAAGGUCACAAACUUCAUCAGAACUCUGUUUUAUGCUCACAGCAGGAACAAUUUUGAGCGACAAAAAAAUCUUUUAAAAUAUUUAGAAAAGUUUAUCAAAUCCUUCAGAGAAACAACUGGGAAAAGGUUCCAUAUAAAACAUGUAAAUGAACUGGAACGAAAAUGUUUGGAGUUAGUUGUUGAGGCAGUUUCACAGGUGCUGCAUGACGACCCUCACUCAGAAACUGCAGUAAAGAUUUGUUUAAGACUUCUUCAAAGUGACUUGUGGAAGCCAGUUGAAAUGGUUGAUCUACUCACUGGAUUAACUCUAAAAUAUGAUCACAUUACAACCAUGAAAAUCCUACAUUUAGCGGAGAUUCAUCGUGUUAGUGAUGAAUGGAAAGACAAAGACGAACGUUCCUUACUACACCUCAUUGAGUCAAGUGAUGCUCAAAGUAUGUUGGAACAUUUUAAACUGUCUCUAAAUCUUGAAAAUGAGAAAAGUCUUGAAAUUGUUCGUAAUGAAAUAAUGCAAAUGAACAAUAUUAAACAGACAAUAGUUGAUAAAGUUUGUUGCAUCGUUAGAAAUGUCCAGAAGCAAAUUGAAGACUUCAAAAAAGAUGUGGUCGAUGGAAAUUUUUGUUUAAGAAAUUACUUUGAAAAGUUUAGCAAAAACCCAGAAAAUCUUCAGAAAAUCUUGUUCGUCCUGUGUAAGGUGGUUUUUGAACAAAUGAAAUGGUGGCCCAGAGUUACGCAGAUGGUCAGUUGGUGUCUGUUAGUGCUGUCAGACUCAGGACAACUUGUGGAGCUGGGGACCGGUGAGGGCAAGUCUUGUGUCAUAGCCAUGUUUGCUGCCACUCGAGUCUUGAUGGGAGAAAAAGUAGACAUAGCAACCAGCUCCCCGGUUUUGUGCGAAAGGGAUGAAACCGAAUGGCGAGAAUAUUAUCAAUAUUUUAACAUAAGUGUUGAUAUAAAUACCAACAAAAUGAAUGAUGGAGAGCGCAAGAAAUGCUACGAAUCUGGCAUUGUUUAUGGAACUGUUGAAACCUUUGCUGCUGAUCACCUUCGCCAGACCUUUGAGCUGAGAGACAUCAGACCUGACCGUCAGUUUCAGUGCAUUAUUGUGGAUGAAGUUGACAGCGUCUUGUUGGACCGUGGGGUCCAGCUGACCAACUUGUCCAGUGACGUUGUCAGUAUGCAUCACCUGAAUCCAAUCCUUGCAAUGAUCUGGAGCGUUGUCAGCCAAUAUGGUCUAGUAGGUACCGAAAACAAGGUGUUUAUCAGGGGUCCCGCUUUACCUUUCUAUUCAGCAGUAUAUAAUUCCCUUGACACAGAAGAACUUGAGAUUCAGGAGCCAAUUGAUAUACUCACGAUAGCUGAAACAAAUAAUUUUGUGCCUUCUGGUUUCACUAAAGAGAUUUAUAAGACCGAUAAAUUAUUUGAUAAACUAAAGAUAGUCAGUCAAGAUACCAUGUUGGAAUUUCUAAGUAAAGCUGAAGAAUAUUUUCCCUGUCAAUUCAUUCCCUUUAUCCAGGAUGAAAGAGGAAUGCUUCAGCCUACAGGUCGUAGUUCAGAAGAAUUAGAAGAUAUCCAAGAGAUUCCUCUUCUAGUCCUACAGGAUGGACUAUGCUGUGCCUUAUAUGAUUCCGAUGGGACUCUAUGGGGACCUAUUGGAAAUAACACAAGACAUCACCUACAGUUCACUCCUUGUGAAAAAAAUCAAGAAAAACUGGACAUUCCCGGAUUUCUCAGAGAUCUGGUGGAGACAAAGAUGGAAACAUGGGUCCAGAAAGCUUUCAUGGCCCUGAAGUUUCAAGAAGGCAGAGAGUAUAUUGUUGAAGGAGAACAAAUUCUUCCAGUAGAUUUCCUAUCAACUGGCAUUGUGGAAAUGAAUAUGAAAUGGGGGGACGGUUUGAUGCAGUUUCUGGAACUGAAACACCAGACAAAACUUAGCACCUUGUCUACUGUUACCAACUUCAUUUCCAAUGUCACUUUCUUUAAGAUGUAUAAAAAUCAAAUUUAUGGAACAACAGGCACUCUGGGGACAGAAUCUGACCUCCACUGCCUUACUAAGCUCUACCCGACGCUUUCUGCUUGCCGAGUUCCCUCAUUUAACAGAAGUAAACUUUUUGAAAUGAAAGGAGAGAUAACAGGUUCUCCAGAUGAUUGGCAAAAAGAAAUUAUCACUUGUGUACAGAAUCAGAUAAAGCCAACAGAGUACCGGAGAGGCCGCGCAGCUCUGAUCAUUUGUGAAACUAUCAACAAAGCCAAAGAAAUCCAUAGUGCUCUUAAGGACCAGGUGCUCGGUGAGCUAAAGAUGUAUAUCCACAGCAACAGCGACAAUUUAGCCAUCACACAAAGUGUGCUAAACCCGGGUGACGUAAUUGUUGCUACCAACCUGGCCGGCCGCGGUACAGACAUUAAGAUCUCUGACGAGGUCAAUGACGGUGGUGGAUUGUUUGUUGUCCUCACAUUCCUCUCUAUGAAUUCUAGAGUUGAGCUUCAAGCCUUUGGCCGCACAGCACGCAAGGGUAAGCCGGGCUCUGCCCAGCUGAUUGUCUGCUCCAGUCAUCUGCAAGUUUCCCUUAGAUCAGCAGAAACACUGCAGGCACUGAAGGUCAAGAGGGACCAGCGGGCUAGAACCAAGGUAGAGAAAAUAAUGACUGACCAUGUACCAGAAAUUUUUCUAAGAGAAGAACUUUUUGUGAAGUACUGUGAUAUUCUUAAAGACAUCUACAGUAAUACCCAAGACCUUCAUGAGCGCCAAGUUACUGUUGCAGCUAUGAACGAGUACUGGGGAAUAUGGCUUCAAAUAAAGAGUAAGGAGAUCCUGCAGCUGAAGAAAGAAGAUCUUGUACUUUGCCUUACCGAAGAUAUACGGAACGCUAAGCAUCAGUUAGAGUCAAAUGAGUCCCCUUCUUCCUGCAUUUAUCACUACAUCCAUCUUGCAAACACUUUACUGUUUGACAAUAAAAUUCAAGAAAGUGCGCGUUUGUACAAGAAAGCAAUGAUCAUUGAUCCAUCUUGGGCAGCCAUUGCUUUCUACAGCCACGCCUACUGUACCAUGAAAGCCAGACGUCGUAAUUAUAUAGACAAUGCCACAGAGGAUUUAAAAAAAGCAAGGGAUUCAGUGGGUAUCUUUCAGGAGCAAUGUAUCGUGACCUCUCAACUUGUUAAUAUGUCUAUCAGAGAUUCUGACGGAGCUAACUCCAGGUUUGAGAAGCGCAUCCAGAGCAAGCUUGAGAUGCUUCGAAUAUUCCAGAAGAAUAUUGAAGAAGCCAUCGACAAACUGAAUAAGAUGAAACAAAGUGACAAGGAUGCAAACGUGGAGGAGGCGAGUGUCUUCUCAAUGGUGCCAGAAUUCCAGACAGAAAUCAGGGAGGAACUAUACGAAUUUUACAAGCUAGGCCUUGUCAACAUUUUUUCUGUGAAGGAGGAGAAGCGCUUCUGCUGGCAGGGACUUGUAGUUACCAUACUGGGGAUUACACAAGUGGCAGUUGGAGUAUUCAUGAUUUCUAUCUCUUCGGGGUUACUCGCAAACGUUGGCAUGGAGCUAAUUUCUGAAGGGAUAUCUGACAUCAUUUAUGGAUUAGGUGCAAUGGCAAGUGGAGAGUUUAGUUGGACCUCAUGGGCCAUUGGAAAAGUAGUUUCUAUUGUCGUUUCUCUAGUUGGAUUUUGCUUUGGCAAAAUACUUUCUAAGGGUUUCAAGGGCAUCAAAUCCGCAAUGAAAGGUAGUAAGUUGACUUCCCUUCCCAAGACUCUGUCUAAACAAUUCAAAGGAGGGCUCACAGCUGUUUUGAAGAAAAAUAUGAAAACUGCAGCAACAUUUGCCGGCAAACAACUUGUGGAACAAUCAGUAAUGUAUGGGAUAAGCCAAACUGAGGAAUAUGUUGUUGAUAAAAUCCUUGAUAAAAUAAAAGAAGUGAUGAGACCCGCAGCCAUUGAUAAAGUUAAGCGUGACAUGGAAGAAACCCAAUUGCAAUCCCAAGUUAACAAUCUGAUUAUGCUAAAAGUUUCAAGUACCAAUCAAAUCAAAUACCUUCUAGAGCAUAAGGAACACAACAAAAUAAUCAAGGACAUUUUUCAAUCUCUUGCAGAUGGAGUUCUUAAAGAAAACUUUAACAAUUUUGACUCACUAAAAAAACACUCCUCUUCCAUUUUUAAUGUAAUAGAAAAAGCUAAACUGGAAGUCACAGGCAAAAAAAAAACAAUACUCACUGUCAUCCAAAUUGGUCAUAUGUCGGCCCUCUGCGUCUGUGCAGUCGAUGCAAUUCUUACAUUGUGCACUGAGUUCAACAGCAAGUACUGUAAUAACGUAAAAAUAUUUUAUGAAAAAGAAGUAAGUAAUAAUCAAACUGAGGCAACAAGCCAAGAAAACAAUGUAGUUAAUAAAGAACAAAUAAUUAUAGAAAAUAAGAUUGAAUUGUCCAGUGAAGAGAAGCAGAGUCUGAAAGUCUUGAGAGAACAACUGGCUGAUGUAAUUGGUAAGCAACUGGCAGAUGCUGCGGUUGAUAUAUUUCAUACGAUAUUCUCUUCCCAUCUGGUGAGUAUCGCUCAAACGAAUAUCAAUAAACACAUCUCACAAUUCCUAUCCAGCAAAAUGUACACAGAGAGAAACUUGGAAAAGCUGAAAGCUGGACAAUACAGUCUGGACAUUGCCAGCGCUGAGAUCAACACAAUAAAGAAGGAGAAUCUUACUAAUCAGGAGCACCAAAGUGUGCAGUCCUACUCCCAGAAAAUUGAAGAUGCUCAGAGCGCAGGUUCGCUGUUGGAUCUCAGGGUGCUCUCUGAGGAAACUGGGACCAAGAUAGUAGUUGUCGAAGACAAGCACGGCACACUCAGUAAAAUGUACGAGUUGGACCCCAGUACUACAACAGCUUCUAAGACAGUGGAGUUAAUAUAUAAGCCAAAGGAUAACAAAUAUCCGGAUGGUCACUAUGAUGUUCGUAUUAAUGGUAAAGUUGUCAAGAUAGAGAGUGAAGGCAGGAGCUGCAUGUUCCAGGCUCUGGCAAGGGGUCUCAAUCAUGGAGCAUCUGAAGAGCAGGUCAGGUCAGAGGCCAGGAGGCUGAGGCAGAUGGAGGCUCAGGCACUCCGGGAGUCCCCACAUCACUGGGCACAUCUUAUUCAGCGCAAAGAGUACAUUGAUAGAGUCAGAAACUGUGACUGGUUUAACGUCGAGGGUGGACGACGAGCAGUUAACGAAGCUUUGGAUGAUAUUGAUGCAUAUAAUGAUCAACGGAGAAAAAACAAAGGAAUAGGAGAUCAAGUAAACGCAGAUCAUCAACCACCUGUGAGCUGUGUUGUAAACGCAUAUGACAAAAACCCAGAGAGCGAGUUGAGUCAGAAAUUGAUGACGUUAGCAACAAACGGGAAACCUUUGGACUCUAACAACAUUGACAAAGUAAAACGAAAUCAUGGCUAUUAUCUCCCGGCUGUCACCGUCAAAAAGGAAGACCAUAUCAAUUUCCCCACCACCAAAUCACCUAAAUGUCGUAAUCUAAUUACAGAAAGCAUAGCAGAAAAUGAUCCCAUAUCCAUGACGAAGUACUCAUCAAUAGGAUCCAUAAACCAAGAUUACCAUAAUGGCAAAAAACAGAUGAGUAAAGAUGACAGAGCAAACCUUAAAAAGCGUCACUUGGGUUUUUUUAAUUAUUAUACAGAAAAAAAUAUAUAUACCCCAGAACAACACAAACAUCUCAAAACAUGGUUUGAAAAUGAAAGUUAUUUAGACCCAAAAGAUCAGCAUGUCAAAAAAGCACGAGAUCUGCUUAACUAAACAUUCAACAACACCUAUAAUAUCAAUUAUAUACACCUUGAAAAAGAGCAAGAAAAUAUAUAUGUCCUAUACUAAAAUAAUACAAAGUUUAAUCUAAUAUUUUGGUUAUUGGUGCUCACUGAGAAUACUUAGCAAAACCUGUGGAUUAGAUUUGUAGUCUGUGCAGUAUUAUGCAACAUUUAAGAGAUGUUGUCAUCUUGCCAAUUUUUUACAUCUCUUUCAAGAUCCAAAAACAAAAAAAAUGCACAAGCAACAAAGUUCUAUCAAACGUUACAUAAUUUCAACUCACAAUCAAGCAAUGAUUAUAAAUGUCAUGAAUAGCAGCACGAUUAAAAUCAACAGCUACAAUCACAAUAGAAACUCAAACAAGAGAAAAAAAAUACCUCUUUACAAGAGUUUGCAUUCACCUGUAAAUGUUUUUACAGGAGUAUGGUGGAGUGAGUGUAUGUUUAGCGCGUUCAGGGAUUAUAACAGGAAGAUAUAUGAAAUUGUUUGUUUGAAGCCAGAAUCUGUCUUCAAACAAACAGUUCUGACUGCUUUAACUUCAAACUUCAAACAAAUCUAUAGUUCUGACAGCUGAGUUUUGCUCCAUGUUGGUGGUUUCAGGAAGUUUGUGGCGCAGAUAUCAAAGAUUAUAUAUGGAUUUUUUUGUAGAUAAGAUAGCAAGAGAGAAGCUGAGUGUGGGACAUAGUAUAGGAAAUUUUAAAGUUUGUCCAUUAUCAUGAUUAUUAUUGGUUUUGGCUUGAUGCUGUAUGUUGGUGGUGAGGAUGUCUCUCAGUAUGCUGUAUGUAGGUGGUGAGGAUGUCUCUCAGUAUGCUGUAUGUAGGUGGUGAGGAUGUCUCUCAGUAUGCUAUAUGUAGGUGGUGAGGAUGUCUCUCAGUAUGCUGUAUGUAGGUGGUGAGGAUGUCUCUCAGUAUGCUGUAUGAAGGUGGUGAGGAUGUCUCUCAGUAUGCUAUAUGUAGGUGGUGAGGAUGUCUCUCAGAAAGCUGUAUGUAGGUGGUGAGGAUGUCUCUCAGUAUGCUGUAUGUAGGUGGUGAGGAUGUCUCUCAGUAUGCUAUAUGUAGGUGGUGAGGAUGUCUCUCAGUAUGCUUUAUGUAGGUGGUGAGGAUGUCUCUCAGUAUGCUAUAUGUAGGUGGUGAGGAUGUCUCUCAGUAUGCUGUAUGUAGGUGGUGAGGAUGUCUCUCAGUAUGCUAUAUGUGGGUGGUGAGGUUGUCUCAGUGUGUUGUAUGUAGGUGGUGAAGUUGUCUCAGUGCGCUGUAUGUAGGUGGUGAAGUUGUCUCAGUGUGCUGUAUGUAGGUGGUGAAGUUGUCUCAGUGUGCUGUAUGUAGGUGGUGAGGUUGUCUCAGUGUGCUGUAUGUAGGUGGUGAAGUUGUCUCAGUGUGCUGUAUGUAGGUGGUGAAGUUGUCUCAGUGUGCUGUAUGUAGGUGGUGAAGUUGUCUCAGUGUGCUGUAUGUAGGUGGUGAAGUUGUCUCAGUGUGCUGUAUGUAGGUGGUGAAGUUGUCUCAGUGUGCUGUAUGUAGGUGGUGAGGUUGUCUCAGUGUGCUGUAUGUAGGUGGUGAAGUUGUCUCAGUGUGCUGUAUGUAGGUGGUGAAGUUGUCUCAGUGUGCUGUAUGAAGGUGGUGAAGUUGUCUCAGUGUGCUGUAUGUAGGUGGUGAAGUUGUCUCAGUGUGCUGUAUGAAGGUGGUGAAGUUGUCUCAGUAUGCUGUAUGUAGGUGGUGAGGUUGUCUCAGUGUGCUGUAUGUAGGUGGUGAGGUUGUCUCAGUGCGCUGUAUGUAGGUGGUGAGGUUGUCUCAGUGUGCUGUAUGUAGGUGGUGAGGUUGUCUCAGUGUGCUGUAUGUAGGUGGUGAAGUUGUCUCAGUGUGCUGUAUGAAGGUGGUGAGGUUGUCUCAGCGUUCAAUCCUAGGGAUCAUUCGCCCAAUCGAUGUUUAUAUUGUUUAUAUCAAGGAAUAUCUGGCUCAGCAAUUUUUUAAGUAUGAAAUGUUGCAGAUGUUACCUUUGUUUAGUGUGUUUCUUAACAUGCAUGAUUGGCCUCGGGAACGACCUGCUCACUCGUAACAUGUAUGAUUGGCCUCAGGAACGACCUGCUCACUUUUAACAUGCCUGAUUGGCCUCAGGAACGACCUGCUCAAUUUUAACAUGCCUGAUUGGCCUCAGGAACGACCUGCUCACUUUUAACAUGCCUGAUUGGCCUCAGGAACGACCUGCUCACUCUUAACGUUCAUGAUUGGCCUCAGGAACGACCUGCUCACUUAACAUUCAUGAUUGGCCUCAGGAACGACCUGCUCACUCUUAACGUUCAUGAUUGGCCUCAGGAACGACCUGCUCACUUAACAUUCAUGAUUGGCCUCAGGAACGACCUGCUCACUCUUAACGUUCAUGAUUGGCCUCAGGAACGACCUGCUCACUUAACAUUCAUGAUUGGCCUCAGGAACGACCUGCUCACUCUUAACGUUCAUGAUUGGCCUCAGGAACGACCUGCUCACUUAACAUUCAUGAUUGGCCUCAGGAACGACCUGCUCACUUUUAACAUGCCUCAUUGGCCUCAGGAAUGACCUGCUUACUCUUAACAUUGAGGCAGGUUGGACGCCUUGACUGUACUGCAAACAUUUAACACUUGCAAAUAUUGGUAUUUACACUAAUGUUAUGUUUGGUUCAAUAUUAUUCCUACGCCGAUUCUAUAAUGUUCAUGGAAUGUUAUUAAGAUCUUUGUAUUGCAUCCCACCUAUAUGAUCGUUAGGGAAAAUAUGAUGCUUCCUAAUUACGAGAGAGGCAAUUAUCUCACAGACUCGUUCUGUUGCCUUGAUGAUAUUUAAAACCGAGAAUACUUGCAGAGCUGCAGUGUGGGACUCCCAUGUGAUUUAGAGCCUUUUAGACUCCAGGAUCCUGAUUCAUAAUGCAGCUUCGCAAGGACUUGCGAACCUGGGGCCAGAUUCACGAAGCAUUUACGAACAUGUACAUCUUUUCUCAAUCUUCGGAGGCUGUGUUUUCAAAUAUUAAACAGUAAAUGAGCUCCGAAGCACCAGGAGAAACUGUUUAACUGUUUAUAACUGUUUAUAACAAUAUCAACUUAUCAACUUAUAACAAUAACAACUUAUAACAAUAUCAGCUGUUUAUAACUAUGUAAACUGUUUAUAACAAUAUCAAAAGUUGAUUGGGAAGUUUUCAUGCUUGUAAACUGUUUAAUAAAUGUAACCAAAGCCGUCAAAGAUUGAGGAAAGAUGUACACGUUCGUAAGUGCUUGCUUAACUGCUUCGUGAAUCUGGCACCAAGAAGUCAGAAUGCUCCUUAAUUCUGGAGGUGAAGGGGAUUUAUAUUAUUUUUCAACCUUGGCUGUUAAAACUAUGACAUUUUAACAGUCUAAACUAAUUUAGUAGUGAACCUUUGAUAUGUAUUCAUUAUCUUCAUAAGUGUUUGACAUUUAUUGUAUUGAUUUUAAAAGUUGCUUUUAUGAUCAGUAAUGAUCUGGAUCACAGUUUUAUACUAACUAAUGUAUAAUAUCUUAGUCACUGGAAAUAUAUUGAUUUUUAUGUUU